ACCACCAAGCCCAUUAGCCCAACUUCCGCCGCGCUGCAUGAUAUCGUUUACCAACGAAAACCAGCUUAUAUCACUCUCAACCUGUGGAUUACACACUAUUAUAAAUCUAUUUUUUCAACUGCACAGUGCACACUCUGGUUCAAGUUGCACUGCAAAAGAGUCUUUUUGCAACGAACUCUUCGUCGGGGAGAGCAUCAUCUUUAAAGACACGAUAAACUGCCUAUUUCAUACCCUCACUUAACAUGCUUAACAUCAUUUAUGGAAGUCUGUUACAUGAUCGUCAUCAGCCGAAAUGUCUAGACAGGAUUUCGGGAACAUUGAUUCACAAAAUACCGCAACGAAUGAAAUACUAAAAUCUUCGAAACUGAUUAACGAUUUGGUUAAGCUUGGGGUACCAACAAAUGUGGCAUUUGAGUUCUUAGAGAAUUCGGACAUAAAGCAUCUCUAUGCAUAUACUCAAGAUCUAAAAUCUAUUGAACGGAUCAGAACACACCUGGAAAGCGUUGGACUAUAUACAAAGAAUAUGGAUGGUCGACCACGUCUAUCUCUUCCUCCUUCGACUGGAAAAAAUGUUCAUGGCACCAGGCAAAGAUCAAUGGAACCAAUCGAAAUGUGUCGGGAACAGUUACAACAACAAUACACGAAAUGCAGCAAUGCAUUAAAAAUAACACUCCCUCCUUCUACUGAAACCAAAAUUUAUAGUGUAGAAAAUCUUCAUGUCCCGGUGAUACUAAAGAAGAGUGAAAUCUCCCCAGAUCUUCCGCGGAUGCCGGAGAUAGAGGCCAUAGACCUCUUUAAGAGUCCCCACUUUAACAAAAAAAGAAUUCUCUUCUUUGGUCCAUCUGGCGUCGGUAAAACAACCGAAAUCAAGAUGUGGCUAUCCCAAUGGUGUCAAAAGGAAGGUCCACUGAAGAAUUUCAGCCUUGUUUUUUACAUUGACGGAGUGAAAGUUGAAAUUGGAACUAGUCUCGGCCAAGCAAUCAAUGACCAAUGUUUGCCGGCUUACACCCGUUUCACUCCAAAGGAUAUCGAGAACAUGUGCAAAGAAUGCCCUGAUGAGAUAUUGGUUAUCCUUGACCACUACACGAAAUGGAAAAUAAAUGGUCAGCCGGCGUGUCAGCAAAAUACUAGCUCCCUCGAAGAUAUGGUUCUCCUUCGAGAAUUUCCACAUCUAACCAUUUUGGUUGCCACGAAAUCCGGUGGGAUCGGGGAUUUCCGUGAAGUGUAUGGAAAUUAUGACCAUGUGAAAGUGGAGGGAAUAAGUAAAACCUCAGUUGGUACCUACAUUGGGAAGGUGUUCGACAAAAGAAAAGACUUUGGGUUAAAGGUAAAGGAAUAUAUUAUGAACACAGAAUUGCUGCGUGAUAUGGUGGCGUCACCAGUGCUCCUUUGCAUAAUGUGCCAGAUCCUGAAAUGGAAUGAUAACCCUGCAUCACUUGGUGAGCUAAAAACUAGUUCAGCAUUAAUAGACAAGUCCAUCGAUUGCAUCAUGAGGCAUGCAGAUCCAUCUCUGAAUACCGAACCAAUCGAACAUUCAGUCUCAAGUCCAAGCUCGCUGAGAAGCAACAUGAGUUUCCAGACUGGGACGAGGCCUACACUCUCAAAAGACCAAACGAUGGCGCAUUUGUCAGUCGUAGCAUUCAAUUGCUAUUUGAAGGACGGUCAGCAAGAAGAAUUUCACUUGUGUGAAAGCGACUUUGAUGUUUGCGGUGACUUAAAAACAGAAGUACUUACAAGUGGAAUUCGUAAAGGACUCUUGGUGAAAUCUGUACAGGAGGAGUUUAUUCCUUCUACUCAUGUAGCAUGUGAAGGAAAGAUCUAUAGCUUCCUUAAUGGGCCAUUUCAGCAGAGGCUUGCUGCUAAACACUUCUCCAAACUCCUCCAUGGAAACGCCGAAGAGAAACAAUCAUUUCACACAAGUCUCCAGAAGAUAAGUUCCAUGGAGGAGGCACUUUCUCUCAGAAAUUUGAUGCAGUUUUCUUGUGGAGAAUCUGUCGAUGCGGCAAGCACUAUCGUAAGCCAUAUGGUUGAUCUUACCUUGGCCUUCGCAGAAGAUGUUGGCCUAAACGCAAAGGAAGGGGAAAGAAUCAUUUGGCAUGCCGAUCGUGGGCUAUACCAGUAUAUGGUCGAGUUCAUUCUUGCAUUGAACUACGAAUCAAGAAGUAAUGGUCGUCUUAAUGAUGUCCUGCAUCCAUUGGUGAAAAGGCUUCUGAUCCUGUCCCCAUCGGACAUCUUGACCAGAUCUCUUGCCUACUUCUUAGAACACGCUGUAGAUCCUCGUGCACCGCCAACUGACGAAUUCAAGAUAGAAGUUUUGGACGUCCCACGAAGGAUACAAGACAGUCUUCCCAAAAAGAACAACGUCGACUACAAAUAUGAAGAAACCGCCCCUGUUUCAAUACAGAUUGAAGAUUCAUCUCCUGCUGGAGGUUCUUUCCAACCACCUCUGACGCAAACCAGCAUUAGGAAAUUGAGCAUCAAAGUCAAGGGGAAAAUGACGGCAAGAGACAGAAAACCCUGUGCUUUAGCAGCAAAGUUCAAGUCACCAGAACCAGUUACGCGACCAGUUAUCAAAGAAGACACAACAUAUUCUUUUCCCGACAUUUCACCGCCUGAAGAUGCAACUGAAUCUAAGACGACUCUGUCUUUCAGUGUCCAAGAAACUUCUACCAUUGCAAAAGAAUCUGGAGAUGGAGUUGGUCGUAGGCCUAUACAAAGAAGAGAAAUCAAACAAAUCGAUAAAUCCGAAGUUACGACCUUAGACCAGAUUUCUCGUGGAGGAUACGGGGAUGUGUACGAGGGAAAUUGGAAUGGCAGGAAGGUGGCCAUAAAGCGGGUAAAUUGUGUUGAAGAUAAGAUGGCAGACGUUCUGGUAAGGGAGAUCAAGAUAAAUGCAUUGGUCAAACAUCCCAACAUUGUAAUGCUGUAUGCAUACUCGAAGUAUAAACAAGGAAUACGAACCAAAUAUUCAUGCUUCGAUCUUAUCCUCCAGCUCAUCGAAGGCUCCACUCUAAAGGAUGCUCUAUUCGAAGAAAAUUUGGAGUAUCUGGAAUCUCUUCGUGGGAAACUUACCGUUGCCCGUAAGGUGUCUGAUGCAAUCGCACACAUCCACUCCAAGAAAUGCACUCAUUCGGACAUCAAAUCCGACAAUAUAUUGAUUAGGAAGACAGACAACGAACCGUUCGUUUGUGAUUUAGGAUUGGCCCACGGACUCACCCAUUCAGCGGUAACAGAGAUCACUUCCGGGGAGCGAGGAGGGACUAAGAAGUGGUGUCCUCCGGAGUCUUGUGAGAGGGGUUACAAAGCCACACCCGAAGGAGAUAUCUGGUCUCUGGCCUGCUUGUUCCUGGAGCUGUUCACAGGGCAUCACGUGUGGGAGGACGAUAAAGGUGAAGAGCUUUCGGAGAGGGAAGUCAACACUAGACUGUGUGGAGACGAUUUCGUACCCGACACCAUCUCCACACUCGACAACCAGAUAAUAAAGGACGCCCUCAUGAGCUGCUUCACCCGAGAGCCAAAGAAACGCCCUUCUGCUCAGGAUCUUACCAAGACUUUUGAUGAGGUCCUGUUGACGGUUUCAGAGUAACUGGUAAACUUUGAUUAAUACGGUUUACAAUCAGACACAGAUUAAUCGAUCUCUUCGGCCUAGAUAAACAAUUCACGCUUGAAAUAAUCUGGGUAUCUAUGAUGCGCUUAAGACAUACAUCGUACCUAUCUGAGGGUUUACAGAUUUAGAUUUCCAUGUCACCGGAUUCAAUCAGUCAUUCCCGCACACCACGUUUGCGGAUUCUCCACUCCGUGUGGAGUAUUCGAGCUAGUCGCCAGUGAGGCGCACAAAAUGUUGUACAGGCUACAAUGACGUUCACUUCCUGUCGGGUACCUGUUGGGCUCCUGGGUUGAUAGGGGCACUGUGUGGAUGAUAUUAUUUAUCAUUUAAUGUCACUGACUUGGCAAUAAAUGAUAUUUUUAAAGCCCUCGCUUAAUACAAAUUUAUCCCCAGAGGUUUAAGCAGUUGAAAAGCCACCUAUUUUUUCUUCCUUUAUUUUUAAAUGGAAAUUACCUCAAAUUGGCAUAAUCAUAGAUAGUAUACCUUGUUUUAGAUGAAUUAUUUCUUAUAAGGGAUAGAAACCAGUCUAUAAUUUCGCAUAUCUUGAUGUAAUUAUAUAUUUUCUGUGUGUAUAGUGUAUAAAUAUAUCAUUGUGUAUUGGGUUUUUUCAGCUGGUAUCAAAGGGAAAUGAACUGUAUGAAUUAUUUCUUAUAAGGGCUAGAUACCAGUUUAUAAUUUCGCAUAUCUUGAUGUAAUCAUAUAUUUUCUGUAUGUAUAGUGUAUAUAUAUCAUUGUGUAUUGUGUUUUUUCAGCUGGUAUCAACGGGAAAUUAACUGUAUGAAUUAUUUCUUAUAAGGGCUAGAUACCAGUUUAUAAUUUCGCAUAUCUUGAUGUAAUUAUUUCUUAAAGGGCUAGAUACGCAUCAAUUCCUUUCGAAAUGCAAGUCAAAUCACAAUGGACAGCUGAGAGGUUAUUGUCGAAAGGUGGUGGACCGGGACGGCAUAUUAUUGGAAGAUUCGGACUGGACGAACGAUUUCAAAUACGUGGUUUGUCCCGAGUCUAGACGACUCUGCUGAUUUGAUUAACCGAUUUUUGACAAAGGCUUUUUUGUCAUUGAAGGGCUAUUACAAAAAUUACAAAAACAAAAUUCCGCAGUGGGAUUCGAACAUUCGAGCCUCUGAUAACAAAUCGAGAUUACCAGGGCUUGUACCGAAAGGGUGUGACGGCGCAUCGCGUCGGGUUAAGGGGACCACAACCUUUGAUCACCCUCCCCCCUUCACGAUUUUAAUGGAAGAGUGCAUGGGGCCUUUAUUUCUUAAUUUGCAAUUGUUAUUAGUUUCACCAAGUUUUUAGUAAUCAAGAACUCGUUUAAGCAAAAACAUUAUUUAUAGUCAACAUUCAAACAGCCAUAAUAUUUCAAAGAGGCUAUCGUCCGGGUGGGUUUAUUACCACUUGGUCAAGAGCCAGUUGGUCUAAUAGGCAAUUGAUCUACCAUCAUUUGGUCUAAUAUCAGUUGGUCUAAUAACCAUUUGGUGUAAUAAGCACUUCAUCUGAUCAGUCCUACUUUGUUUAAAUGGGGGCUGGGCGAAGGUUGAUGUUCCCCUUAACGCGCGACCUCACCUACCCUUUUGGUACGAGCCAAUCCACAUGCAGCCAUUACAUUAAAUACUAGUCGUGUAUUUAUAUAUAUUGCAAUUAAGAAUUGUAAUUUUGGCUGCUUUUUUGUAUUCAUACAUACAUGCAUACAUACAUACAUACAUACAUAAAUACAUACAUACAUACAUGUAUUUGAUGAAUUUGUCGUGUAAUUAAUUUCAUGUCAAAUUGUUUAUGGUGGUAGGGGUAAUAUUUACAAUAUUUUUAUGCAAGUAC